CAAGAUGAGACAGGGCCCUGGUGAGACCACACCUGGAGUAUUGUGUACAGUUUUGGUCUCCAGGGUUAAGGAAGGACAUCCUGGCUGUAGAGGAAGUGCAGCGUAGAUUCAUGAGGUUAAUUCUUGGGAUGUCCGGACUGUCUUACGCAGAGAGGUUAGAGAGACUGGGCUUGUACAUGCUGGAAUUGAGGAGAUUGAGAGGAGAUCUGAUUGCAACAUAUAAGAUUAUUAAGGGAUUGGACAAGAAAGAGGCAGGAAAUAUGUUCCAGAUGCUGGGAGAGUCCAGUACCAGAGGGCAUGGUUUGAGAAUAAGGGGUAGGUCAUUUAGGAAAAACUACUUCUCCCAGAGAGUUGUGGGGGUGUGGAAUGCACUACCUUGGAAGGCAGUGGAGGCCAAUUCUCUGGAUGCUUUCAAGAAGGAGCUAGAUAGGUAUCUUCUGGAUAGGGGAAUCAAGGGAUAUGGGGACAAGGCAGGAACCGGGUAUUGAUAGUAGAUGAUCAGCCAUGAUCUCAGAAUGGCGGUGCAGGCUCGAAGGGCUGAAUGGUCUACUUUUGCACCUAUUGUCUAUUGAGGUCAUGAUGGCAAGUGACUUCAGUCUCUAUAACCAAAUCAAAUCGCAGGAGCCCCAUGAGGCUGUGUUAAGAAAGGUGACCAGGAUCCUAUUGGCCAGCUGUUACAGAAUUCAAAAGAUUAGCAAAAUUUUCUCGAAAAAAUUCUUGAAGUUCCUUGUUACUGUAAUACCAAGGGUUCCAGAAUUUGAACUACAUGAGGACAUUGUAAAGCAGCCUGGAGAUGUAAACUCAACAGCAGCCAAAUUGAAAGAGAAGCACAUGGAACUUCCUCCAAAGCCCAAGAACAUCCUCAACUCAAAGCUUGCCUAUUACACAGAAAAUGUUUUUGAGCAAGAACUUUACACCGGGUCAGCCAAUAUUGUUCACCAUGAUGGUGAGAAGUACAAAGAGCAAAUCAUCAUGGACAACCUGUCAGAGUAUCAGAAGCAUCUCCAGGAGCAAUUCCCCCAAAUGCCAGCAGAAUGGUCAGAGAACAAAAAGGACCAAAAUCAACAGCAAGUACCUCCAGGGCUGAAGAAAGUGUGCAAAGGCCUGAGGAGGUGGACAGCAUUGCCCACCCUGACUGAUUAUGCCACAGAGAAAGGGCCGAGGCCACCGGAUUAUGGACUCCUGCACAAACCACUGAAGAAAUCAUUUAAUACUCAUGAAGACCGACAAGUAAUGCGCAACAUGGUCACAGAGUGGAUUAAAGCUUGGCGUAUGUAUUCUCACUGGCAGGAUGCCACUCUGGAAGAGCUGGAGAGCGACCUGAAGGCAAUGCACAGUCACGUUCAGCUCAAUGCCUUAGCAACUUGUGCCUCGGGAGCAAUUGAGCACCCAAAGCUGGAAGAAAAUUGUAGAAAAGGUAUCCACCUUUUCUCAAGAGGCAAUAAUGAAGUUCAGACUAUCCCAGAGACUCUCAUGUCGCUCAUCAGUGAGGCCCUGACCAGUGGCAACCAUCGGGUGAGAUUUGCUGCAGCAAUUUGUCAUAUCACGAUGGAGAAAAUGAAUGAAAAAGUCAAAGAGGUUCUUCAGGAUACCCUCCUUCACGGAGAUGUGUCUGAUCGUUGGAUUGCAGCACAAAGCCUGGCCCUCACUGGUGAUGAUAGUUAUCCUGUUAUCAGUAGAAUUAUCCUGCAUCUCUUCGAAACACCAGAUACUCAGACUGCAAAGCAAGUCUGUCUCAUCCUGGGCCCACUCUCUGAGAAGACGAAUCAUCCUUGUGAACCUCCUCUGAACCCUCUUCAAUGCCAGCUCAUCUUUUCUAAGAUGAGGAGCCCAAAAUUGUUCACAAUACUCAAGCCUCUGGUACACUUUAUCCUGGCGAACCGGCUAAACAGCUGUAGUUGGAAAGACAAGAUGCUGGCAUGCAGAAUUCUCUCCUACCUGCGUGGAUCACUUAACACGGAUGUGACACACAAGAUCGUCUAUCUAAUGUGGAACGACUGGAACAGUAGUGUCCGCCAAGCAGCUGCACAAUCAUUAGGAAUCUGGGGCCUGGGAAAGAAAGUCCAUGACGAGCUCAGAGAGAGACUAGAUAAAGGGGACAGCAGAAUACGAAUUGAGGCUCUGUCCUGCAUUGGUCUGCUUGGAGUGAUGACGGGAAAACUGAUGCCCAGCUUCCUAGACUGCUUCAAGGAUGAUUUCAUUGGUGUGCGGAAAGAGGCGUGCCUGACUGCUGGUUUGCUUAAGUUAAAAGAUGAGAAGGUCCUUCAUCAACUGCUGCGCUUGAUGCAGUCUGACCACAUUUGGAAAGUGAAGGCUUAUGCAAUCAAGGCUUUAGGCGCCAUUGGCUACGUAACCGAGGAGCUGAAGGAUUUGUUGCUUUGGGCACUUCAUUAUGAAAAUGAACCUGGCAUACGAAUGGAAGCCUGUAACACUAUCGUGUCCCUGAACUUGCAGGAUGCUAAAGUACAAAGUGUUUUAAGACAGCGGCUCCUGGUGGAGAGCGAUCUACUGGUGUGGAAAGAUGUGAAAUUAGCUCUGCUGAGAUUAGGAGGCAGCACGGAGGUGGAAGAAGGAAUUCUCCAGAAGAUAAAAGAACAGCAGGUGGAGUUGAUCAGCCUGAAUACACAACCAGAACAGCUGACGGUGCUGAAGGCACAGAUUCAGAAACUGCACAGAGAUGUGAUGGAUAAAGUGAGCUCCCAGUGACCAGGACAGGACAGCAGUCUCUCCUCAGUGUCCCAGCAACUUCAACAGAAAUUACCUGCAAUAUUCCAGGGCACUUAGAUCGGACUCAGUAACAGCUUGAUCACUCCUGGAGGGAAAAGGCAAUGGAGCAGCCAUACUUGGAUUUUCAGGUGGCAAGUAAGGUUUAAUAGCUGUACCUGAAAUAAAAGCUGAUGUAAUGAGUGUGCAGAGUGGGGGAGUUUGUAAACUAAGUGUAAAUGAGUUACCUGUACAAAAAGGACACCUGUACCCAAAGAGGUUCAAAAUCUUAGCAGGCAGGUUUAAUAGAGCUAUUAGGGAGGGUUAAAACUAAUUUGGCAAAGAGUGAUAGGGCUGAGGAAGCGGAAAACAGAAAUAAAUUAAAGUAUUGCAUGCAACAGAGAUGAUAGAAAGGACAGGCAGGAGAUGAGGCUUAAUCGCAGCCAGUGGGAUGAGUUACAGGGCAACAGAGGUGUGGUGCAGUUAAAACAGAAGGGAAUAAAUACUGGACUGAAAGUGUUAUAUUUGAAUGCACACAGCAUCAAAAAUAACAUGGACGAUCUUGAAAUUCAGCUACAGAUUGGCAAGUAUGACAUUGUGGCCAUCUUUGAAACUUGGCUAAAGGACAGCUGCCAUUGGGAGUUGAAUGUCCAAGGACAUACGGUGUAUCAGAAGGAUAGGUUAGUAGGCAGAGGGGUGGUGCGGCCCUGUGUAUAAGAAUAUUAAAUCAGUAAAAAGGGACGACGUAGGAUCAGAAGGUGUAGAGUCUCUAUGGGUUAAGUUAAGAAAUGGCAAGGGUAAAAGUUGUAUGGCAGUUGUAUACAGUCCUCCAAACAGCAGCUGGGAUGUGGAUUACAAAUUACAGCAGGAGACAGAAAAGGUGUGUCAGAAGGGCAAUGUCAUGAUAAUCUUUGGGGAUUUUAACAUGAAAGUGGAUUGGGAAAGGCAGGCCAGUACUGGACCUCCAGAGAAAGAAUUUGUAGAAUUUCUAAGGGAUGGCUUUUUAAAACAGCUUGUUGUUUAGCCCACUAGAGGAUUAACUGUGCUGAAUUGUGUGUUGUGCAAAUGAUCCGGAGGUGAUAAGAGAGCUUAGUUAAGGAACCCUUAGGGAACAAUAAUCACAGUAUGAUUGAGUUCACUUUGAAAUUUGAGAAGGAGAAACUAAAUUCCAAUGUGUCGGUAUUUCAGUGGAAUUAAGGAAAUUACAAUGGCAUCAGAGGGGAACUGGCCAAGGUUGACUGGAAAGAGACACUAGCAGGAAGGGCAGCAGAGCAGCAAUUGCUGGAGUUUCUGAGAAGAAUGAGGGAAGUACAAGACAGAUAUAUUACAAAUAAGAAGAAAUUUUCGAAUGGAAGAAGGAUACUACCGUGGCUGACAAGUGAAGUCACAACCAAAGUGAAAGCAAAAGAGAGGGCAUACAAGGAAGUCAAAGCUAGUGGGAAGAUAGAGGAUUGGGAAGCUUUUAAAAACUUGCAGAAGGAAACUAAGAAGGUCAUUAGGAAGUAAAAGAUGAAUUAUGAAAGAAAGCUGGUAACAUAUCAAAGAAGAUACUAAAAGAUUUUUUAAGUAUAUAAAGGGUAAAAAAAAGAGCGUUGAGGGUAGAUAUAGGACCAAUAGAAAAUGACGCUGGAGAUAUUGUAAUGAGAGAUGCAGAGAUGGCAGAGGAACUGAAUGCAUAUUUUGUAUCAGUCUUCACAGUGGAAGACAUCUGCAGUAUGCUGGACAUUCAGGAGUGUCAGGGAAUUUCAGUAUGUGCACAUUCAGUAUGUGUAGUGAAAAUUACAACUGAGAAGGUGCUCAGGAAGCUUGAUGGUCUGAGGAUGGAUAAACCUCCUGGACCUGAUGUAAUGCGCUCGCGGGUUCUGAAUGAAGUAGCUGGAGAGAUUACAGAGGCAUUAACAUGAUCUUUCAAGAAACGAUAGAUUCUGGCAUUGUACCGGAUAACUGGAAAAUUGCAAAUGUUACUCCGCUAUUUAAGAAGGGUGGGAGGUAGCAGAAAGGAAACUAUAGACUUGUAGGCCUGACAUCAGUGGUUGGGAAGUUGUUGGAAUUGAUUGUUAGGGAUGAGAUUAUGGAGCACUUGGAGGCACAUGACAAGAUAGGCCAAAGCCAGUAUGGUUUCCUGAAAGGAAAAUCCUGCCUGACUAGCCCACUGAAAUUCUUGAGGAAAUUACAAGCAAGGUAGACAAAAGAGAUGCAGUAGAUGUGGUGUACUUGGAUUUUCAGGCCUUUGACAGGUACCACACAUGAGGCUGCUUAGCAAGAUAAGAACCCAUGGAAUUACAAGGGAGUUAAUAGCAUGGGUGGAGCAUUGGCUGAUAGGCAGAAAACAGAGUGUGGGAAUAAAGUGAUCCUAUUCUGGCUGGCUGCCAGUUACCAGUGGAGUUUCACAGGGCUUGGUGUUGGGACUGCUGCUUUUUACGAUGUAUGUCAAUGAUUUGGAAUGAGAUUAAUGGAUUUUUGGCUAAAUUUGCCAAUGAUACAAAGAUAGGUGGAGGAGCAGGUAGUGUUGAGGAAACAGCGAGCCUGCAGAGAGACUUAGAUAGUUUAGGGGAAUGGGCAAAGAAGUGGCAAAUGAAAUACAAUGUUGCAAAGUGUAUGGUCAUGCACUUUGAGGGAAAAAUAAUCGGGCAGUCUAUUAUUUAGAUGGGGAGAGUAUUCAAAAUGUAGAGAUGCAAAGGGACUUGGGACCCCUUGUGCAAGGUACCCUAAAUGUUAACCUCCAGGUUGAUUCGGUUGUGAAGAAGGGGAAUGAAGUGUUGGCCUUCAUUUCUAGAGGUAUAGAAUAUAAGAGGAUGGAUGUGAUGUUGAUGGCCUGUUUCCGUGCUGUAAUUGUUAUAUGGUUAUAUAAUAAUUACUGCACGGAAACUGGCCAUCUCGGCCCUUCUAGUCAGUGCCGAAUGCUUACUCUCACUUAGUCCCACUGACCUGCACUCAGCCUAUAACCCUCCAUUCCUUUCCUGUCCAUAUACCUAUCCAAUUUUGCUUUAAAUGACAAUACCGAACCUGCCUCUACCACUUCUACUGGAAGCUCAUUCCACACAGCUACCACUCUCUGAGUAAAGAAAUUCCCCCUCGUGUUACCCUUAAACUUUUGCCCCCUAACUCUCAACACAUGUCCUCUUGUUUGAAUCUCCCCUACUCUCAAUGGAAAAAGCCUAUCGACAUCAACUCUAUCUAUCCCCCUCAUAAUUUUAAAUACCUCUAUUAAGUCCCCCCUCAACCUUCAAUGCUCCAAAGAAUAAAGACCUAAUUUGUUCAAUCUUUCCCUGCAACUUAGGUACUGAGACCCAAGUAACAUUCUAGUAAAUCUUUUCUGUACUCUCACUAUUUUGUUGACAAAAUUAUAUGGUUAUAUAAUUACAGAUUUGCCUCCAACUACUCUGGCAAGGGAGAGCUAGUCUUUGUGGAUGGAACACAGGAGUUUUUAUACUAACAAAACAGAUAGGACCAAGUCAUUGUGCACCAAGUCAGCUAUAGAAAUUCAUCCUCUGAGCUGCAUUUAUUUAGAUCCUUAAUUUUUAAAUUGUUGUAAAAUCACUUACUGUAAAUACACCCAUUCCCAUUAGAUUCACACAACUUCCAGCCCUACAGGGCUUAGUUCAGGGCUACAAUGUGCUGACACACAUCCGUCACUCUACAUGAAGUCACUGAACCCACAACACUCUGAACCUAACAUACACACAUGAUAAACAGAGAAGGUAGGGUGCACAUCACAGACAAGAGAAAAUCUGAGCAACACACAAUAAAUGCUGAAUGGACUCAGCAGGGCUGGCAGCAUCUAUGGAAGAGCAGUCAGCGUUUUUCCAUAGAUGUUGCCUGGCCUGCUGAGUUCGCCCAGCAUUUUCUGAGUGUUGCCCAUG